UGGCUUAUUUGCAAAGACGAAAUGGCAGAGUCAUCUUCCAAAUCUUCUACUCCAAAGCGAGCUAUAAAGACUAUUUCUCUUCCUCACACUCACAAGCUGUGGCCUGUAGUGAAAGAGAAGCUACAAAAAGUUGCAGAGAAGAAAGAGCUCGGGCCAGACGCUCUAGCAGGAGUGAUUCUGGUCAGCCCAGAGUGGGGACUUGACAAGCCUCCAGUGCUUAGCGUUUUAAAGAAGGUCCUAGGGAAAGGAGACUAUUAUACAGUGGAGAGCUUCUCUGAGGAUAUUCUGCCGUAUAUUGCGAAGAGGGCUUUAGCUGUAGAGGAGUUAUUCUCAGAUCAUGAAGGAAUACCUCUCCUCCUCUCUGGUGCUAACGGUUUCGUAUCCUUCAAUCGGUACCAGACCAGUUGUAUCCUUGCCCUUGCUUUCUUCCACCUCCUCCCUCGCUCUGGGACCCACUCCUCCCGCUACCAGCAACUCUCUCUCAUUGAUAUCCUUGAAGCCGGCUUUUUUCAGGCCCAACAAAGCAAGUGUCUCUGUAUUUUGGGCUACUUUGAUCGACUGGUGAAAUCUGAGAGAGAGGGCGACGAAGAUUUUAUGAAACGUCGCAUCAGUAUUGAGAGGAGAGCUCUAGGGAGAGAGAUGUCAUCAGUUGAUUACUGGAAGAAUUCUGAUGUUCUUUUGGGUGGCUUUGAUGUGUCGGCUAGUGGAGUCAUUGAGGAGCAUGAUGGAGCACUGCAAGUUGAUUUCGCUAAUGAAUAUAUUGGGGGAGGAGUCCUACAGCAAGGAAAUGUGCAAGAAGAAAUACGUUUUGUCAUUAAUCCUGAAUGUCUAGUGUCUCUUUUGGUCUGUGAAGCCAUGUAUAAACACGAGUCCAUUUUGAUAACAGGGGCUGAAAGGUUCUCAAGCUAUCGUGGUUAUGGCGGAGGUUUUACGUAUGCAGGCCCAUACACAGACCCCAAUCCAGUUGAUCCUGUCUCUAACCGCUGUAUAGUUAGUAUUGUUGCUAUAGAUGCCAUACCAGCUGCAUGGCUGCCUGGUGGGGCCUCCUACCAGUUUAAAAGUGACGCCAUUUUAAGAGAAACCUGUAAAGCUUAUUGCGGGUUUAGUUUCAGUGAUGUCCCUAGUGAUGCUGGUGGAAACCGAUCUCCUGUUGCAACUGGUAACUGGGGCUGUGGUGCAUUUGGAGGUAACAAACUACUAAAGACUUUAGUUCAAUGGAUGAGUGCAAGUCAAGCUAAUAGAUCACUUUGUUAUUAUACUUUUGGGGAUACUGGUCUCUCAGAGAAACAAGUGAAGAUGAAGGAGUGUUUGUUGGAAGCUAAAGUAACCGUUGGGCAGCUCUUUGGAGUCCUGGCUGAAGAGGAUUUUGCUGAUAGAGCAAGGGAGAAAGGAAUCUUUGAAUACGUCAUGGAAAAAUUAGGAAAGGAUAAAUAACUAUUGAUUUUUAAUUAUAAAUAAUUAUUAUAUAUUUUAAAAUUUUUAACUGUAUUUUU